AUAUUUUGGGAAAAUAUCUACAGGAGAAGGGCCAGUGCGGUGGGUUCUCAAAAAGCCCCGCAGCGGCCUCGCUGGGCCAGAACAUCGGCCCCGAGUGCUCCGCAGCAGCCUCGCUGGGCCAGAACAUCGGCCCGCGAGGUGGGGUGCUAGUCUGGGACCCAUACGUGGCAGUUCCCUUGCUCCAAGCGCUUGCGCUUCCUUCGGCGGUGGUGAUCUAAUCACCCGAAUACCACGUUCGGAUCGCUCCUCAUCGCAAACCCCGUCAGCAGGCCAUCGGUUGGGGGCGUGAGUGACACACACACACACACACACACACACACACACACACACACACACACACACACACACACACACACACGCACGCACGAGCAGCUGUGCGCCAUCAUCGAGGCGCAGGCGGGCGCGAGCGACGCCGCGCUGCGCGUGGCGGAGGAGCACGCCGCUCGGCUCGUGGAGCAGCCCGAGUGGGUGCUCUCCGAGGUCCUCCUCUCGCCGGACCUCGCCCCGCACAUCCUCGCCCAGCUGCCGACCACGGAGCACGCCGUCAAGGGGACGUGCCGCGCGUGGCGCCGCGGCUGGAAGGAGACGCUGAAGAAGCGCAAGAGGCCGCGCGUGCUCGUGAUCGGCGGCCAACGCGGUGGCGAGCGCCUCAACUCGCUGGAGCGGUACGACCCGUCAACGAAUGAGUGGGAGGAGGAGGCUGUGGCGCCGAUGCCGACGGCACGAAGGGAUGUCGGCAUGGAGGUGCUCGACGGCAAGCUGUAUGCUGUGGGCGGGUACAGCAAUGGCUUCCUCAGCUCGGUCGAGCGGUACGAUCCGGCAGCGAAAGCGUGGGAAGCAGUGGCGCCGAUGGCAGAGGCGCGGCAUUCUCACGGCAUGGCGGUGCUCGACGGCAAGCUGUACGCUCUGGGAGGCUACAAGGGCGACGACGACGGCCCCCUCAGCUCGGUGGAGCGGUACGACCCGGCAGUGGGCGCGUGGGAGGCGGUGGCUCCGAUGGCGGAGGCGCGGAGCGACCAUGGUGUGGCGGUGUUGGACGGCAAGCUGUACGCGGUGGGCGGCUUGAACGAAGACGACGGCUUCCUCAGCUCGGUGGAGCGGUACGACCCGGUUGCCAAUGCGUGGGAGGCGGUGGCGCCAAUGGGGGAGGAACGGUUUGAUCACGCCGUGGCGGUGCUCGACGGCAAGCUGUACGCCAUGGGAGGCCAGAACUACGACGGCGGCCACCAUCGCCUCAUCAGCUCGGUGGAGCGGUACGACCCCGUGACGAACGCGUGGGAGGCGGUGGCGCCGAUGGCGGAGGCGCGGUAUGCUCACGCCGUGGCCGUGCUCGACGGCAAGCUGUACGCUGCUGGCGGGCGUGGCCACGACCAUCGCCUCAGCUCGGUGGAGCGGUACGACCCGGCAGUCGGCGCGUGGGAGGCGAUGGCUCCGAUGGCGACGGCGCGGAUGAAGGCUUUCGCCCUCUUGAUGUAGUCACCGUUGUCUGUUGCGUGCUAGCCCCACGGAGUGGGCUGGGUGUGCUGCGCGAG